GUGCUCUGGGCUCGCGCUAUGCGAUGUGACGGAGCCCGGUCUCGCGCGCAGAUCAUUCUAAUGUUUUUGCACGCGGAGUCCUCGAGCAGAGUCUACGGAGAAAGGCGCGCAGGUUAAGUGUGAGUGCAGCGAGCGCGCGGAGCAGGCGUUGGAGAUUUGACAGUCAGCCUCUGAAAUAACGGCCCAAACUGCGUAGUAUCUCAAGCACGUUUUUUUUUAUUUUAUUUUUUUUUUAUUAUUAUUAUUUUGCUUUAUAUUAUUUGACUUAUAUUUACUAAGGCGGGGAGUGCAGUGAUGCUGGCGUGUGAGAUUCGCGCUUUUGUCCGUGAACUUUCUUGUAUCUUCUCGAUUCUGUGCGGAGUUGCUGCCUUUAACCUGGAUUUAGAAAAGCCCGCGGUCUACACUGGCCCAGUCGGGAGUUACUUUGGAUACUCGGUGGACUUUUACCACCCAAGCCAGGACAGAAACGCUGUGUCUGUGCUGGUUGGGGCUCCCAGAGCCAACACCUCGCAGCCGGGCAUCGUGGAGGGUGGAGCGGUCUACUACUGCCCCUGGCCGGCAUCCGAGCCGGACUCCUGCCGCCAGAUUCCGUUUGAUAAAGCAAAUAACAGGAUGAUUAAAGUGAACAGGACUCGGGAGCCUCUGGAGUUCAAGUCUCAUCAGUGGUUUGGAGCCACAGUCCGAACACACAGAGGCAAAGUAGUGGCCUGCGCUCCGCUGUAUCACUGGAGGACAGUGAAGGUAGACAGUGAAAUGGAUCCAGUGGGCACCUGUUACGUGGCUGUGCAGAACUUCAGUGCCUAUGCAGAGUACUCACCCUGCAGAACCAAUAACCCAGACCCAGAGGGACAGGGCUUUUGUCAGGCUGGCUUCAGCGUGGACUUCACCAAGGAGGGGACUUUGGUAGUAGGAGGACCUGGGAGCUUCUACUGGCAAGGUCAGGUCAUCACAGCAGGAGUGGCAGAGAUUCUGAAUGGCUACUCUCUGAAGGCCAUCCUCAGAAAAGUACAGGGAGAGAAACAGACCUCUGCCGUGUCAGACACUUACGACGACAGCUACCUCGGAUAUUCUGUAGCCGUUGGCGAGUUCACAGGCGAUUCACAACAAGAGCUUGUGGCGGGAGUACCUCGAGGAGCACAAAACUUUGGUUAUGUUGCCGUGAUCAACUCUGAAGAUCUCACAUUCAUUCAGAAUUUCACUGGAGAGCAGAUGGCCUCCUAUUUUGGAUACACUGUGGCAGUGACUGAUCUGAAUGGGGAUGGGUUGGAUGACGUUCUGGUUGGAGCUCCUCUCUACAUGGAUCGGGAGCUGGAGAGUAUGCCGCGAGAGGUGGGCCGUGUGUACCUGUACCUGCAGGGGGGUGUCCGUCUCUUCAACUCCCCCAUCAGCCUUACAGGGACACACCUGUUCGGACGCUACGGCAGUGCAAUCGCGCCGCUUGGUGACAUCAACCAGGACGGCUACCUUGAUGUGGCAAUCGGAGCUCCGUUUGGCGGUGAGGAUCGCGGAGGGCGGGUGUUUAUCUAUAAUGGCCAGCAGGAUGGUCUGAUUCUGGAGGCCUCGCAGGUGCUGGCUGGAGCCUGGGCCUCUCCUGGAAUCCCGGCCGGCUUUGGGUUCACCCUGCGUGGGGACUCCGAUCUGGACAACAACCAGUACCCCGAUCUGAUUGUUGGUGCCUUUGGAGCUGGCAAAGUGGUUGUGUACAGGGCUAGGCCGGUGGUUACUGUGGACGCUCAGCUGAUCCUGACCCCAAGAAUACUGAAUCCAGAGGACAGGUCCUGUCGCCUGCCGGACUCUGACGCCAUGGUUACCUGUAUGAGAGUAGAUGUCUGUGCUAAAGUCUCUGGAAUUGGAAUACCAGACAGUGUUGCUCUGCGGAUGGAGCUGCGUUUGGACCGGCUGAAGCAGAGGGGUGCCGUGAAGCGGCUUCUCUUCCUCGACUUGCAUCAGCACCAGCGAACCCUGCUGCUGCCCCUGGGCCAGCAAGACCGCCAGCGUUGCCUCAACCACACCGUCUACCUGCGGGAUGAAGAGGAGUUUCGAGACAAGCUGAGCCCGAUCAGCGUGGCUCUGAACUACAGCCUGGACCAGACAGCCACCCUGCCUGGCUUACAGCUGAGACCCACACUGGACCACUACACCAAGACCUUCCACCACGAGCAGGCAAACAUCCUCUUGGACUGCGGAGAUGACAACAUGUGCGUCCCAGAUCUCAGGCUCUCUGCUAAAUUGGACCAAUCAGAGCUUGCGAUUGGCGAUGACAACCCACUGGUGCUCAUGAUCACCGCAGCCAAUCAGGGUGAAGGAGCAUAUGAGGCGGAGCUUCGGGUGCGUCUCCCACCUGAAGCGGACUACAAUGGAAUUGAGCGCCGACGGGAGGAUCUGCAGAUUAUGAACUGCGAGCACAGGACUGAGAACGAAACCCAGCUGGUGGUGUGCGACCUGGGCAACCCCAUGGCGGCCGGCGUGAACGUGUCUUUGGGUUUGAGGUUCUCCGUACGACGGCUAGACGAAGCCGAUUCUCACGUGGGUUUUGAACUGCAGAUACUCAGCUCCAAUACAGAUAAUGCUAAGAGUAACCCCGUGAAUCUGACUGUGAAUGUUGUAGCCAGAGCACAAAUGGAAAUCAGAGGUGUGUCUCUCCCAGCUCAGGUAGUUCUACCAUUCCCUCGCUGGGAGCCCAAAGACAAACCAGUCAGAGAGGAUGAUAUCGGUCCUCAGGUCCAGCAUAUCUAUGAGCUGCAUAAUAAAGGUCCCAGCUCUGUGAGUGGUGCAGUCUUAGAGGUGGGUUGGCCCAGUCUUCAUCGGGAGGAGCACCUGCUCUAUGCCAUGCAGGUCAUCACCGACGGAGACAUCCGCUGCAGUGCCAACAGCACCCUCAACCCACUGGAGCUGGAGCCCUCCACUCUGCAGGACACUCCAGAGCUGUUGGGUUUUCUGCGUAACACAAGCGGCUCUACCCGUCGUAGGCGAUCUGUUACCACCACACAGACAUACAGCAGCAAAACACUGAAUUGUUCUAACAUCCACUGUCUGAUGCUGGCGUGUAUUGUGGGCCGUUUGGAUCGGGGACAGAGUGCCGUGGUGAAAGUUCGAUCCAGACUCUGGGCACACACAUUCUUACAGAGGAGGAACGAUCACUAUCUGCUCAACUCCACCGUGUCCUUCAGAGUAACCGGCAUGCCCUACCGCAUCAGACCGCACACACUCCCACAGCAGAGUACUUCAAUCGGUACGUUCGUGGUGUGGGCAAUUCCUGACGUCUCCUUUGCCAUACCCCUGUGGGUCAUUAUUCUGGCAAUUCUCCUGGGACUGCUGGUUCUUGCCAUACUAACCCUAGCUAUGUGGAAGUGCGGGUUCUUCGACCGGGCGCGGCCGCCCAAAGACGACGACGUGUCAGACCGGGAGCAGCUGACGGCGGAGAAAUCGACGGAGGCCUGACGGAG